UAAUGCAGAGCAAAUAACUACAAAAAAAAAGUUGUGCAACGUGAAAAUUAUCAAUAAAUCAGUAAAAAGUAAUAGAAAUUUGUAUAAAAUAUGACGGUGAACAAGCGGGACGCAGGUCUAACGCGACCCCGUUGUUUUUUCGACAUUACGCUUGGCGGUUUAGGCGUCGGACGCGUAGUUUUCGAAUUGUUUAACGAUGUUGCUCCCAAAACUGUUGAAAAUUUUCGUGCUCUUUGCACUGGCGAGAAGGGUGUUGGACAAGUGACCGGCAAACGCCUGCACUACAAAGGUAGUAUAUUUCAUCGCGUUGUCAAGGACUUCAUGGUGCAGGCGGGCGAUUUUAGCGCUAGCAAUGGCACUGGUGGCGAAUCAAUUUAUGGCGGCACUUUUGAGGAUGAGUCUUUUGAUAAAAAGCACGAUCGUCCCUUCUUGCUGUCCAUGGCGAAUCGCGGCAAAAAUACAAACGGCGCGCAAUUCUUUAUUACAACACAGCCCGCGCCACACUUGGACAAUAUCCAUGUUGUAUUCGGUCAUGUUAUAUCCGGUCAGGAGCUCGUGCGUCAAUUAGAAAACUUACCCAUAGAUCGCAACUCACGUCCGUUGCAGGAUGCUGCCAUAGCCAACUGUGGUGAGCUGGUUAGGCAAACAAAAGUCAAGAAGGAAAGGAAAAUUAGGAAGCGCUCUACUGCUUCCUCAGCUGAAUCAGCCAGCGAGAUGGCCGAGCUGGAGCAGGUGCGUAAGGAUAAAAAGAAGAAACGCUCACGCAAGGCCUCCCAUAGUGACAGUGACAACAGCGAUGUAGACCAGUCCAGACGCCAAGCAAGACAGGAAGAGGAGGAGGAGGAAGGCGAGAUACAUCCGUUAGUCACCUUGACAAAGAUUGAUCCAAGUGAAAUUCCAGAGGUUUCAAAUAAAUUUCUUUUACGUGCUGAGAGAUCUCGCUCACGCGAUCGCGAAGACCGUGGAGCUCGUGGUAAUAACUCACGCGAUCAGCGUCAACGGGAGCGUGAUGACGAGCGCGAUGAUCGAGACAGAGGAAGAGAACGUAAUCGCAAUAACUUUGGUUGGUCCAAGCAGAUCCAACCACCAACCUCACGCAGUGGACGCAUUGUCAAAGGGCGUGGCGUCUUUAGAUUCCGCACACCAUCGCGCAGUCGCUCCCGGAGCAUUACACCGCCGCACUGGAAGCAUGCACAGAAGCGCACUAUCAAGCUGUCGGACUUGGAGCGUUUGGAGGAAGAAAAUAAGAUGCGCGAUGAGGAGGUCAAGAGACGCGAACAGGAGCGUAAAAAGCGACAUGAAGAGGCCUCUAAAGAUCCCAAGAAAUCAUAUUUUGAGCUUACUCAUGCCAGCACUUAUGGCGGCAAAGUGACGCCGGACAAGUCGCCCGAGAAAAAGUCGCGCAAAGACUCGGAACGCAGCAAGGGCAAAGAAGCCAUUGAUAAAGAGCGCGAACGGGAAAACCCCAAAGAGGAGACGCAGCCAAAGAGACGCAAAUCCGUUGAUAUGAACGCUUUGGACUACGAACAGCAGACCGAUAGCGAACCGGAAGCCGAAGCUAACAAACCAGUCGCAAAGAAGCAUGAGCCCAAACUUAUCAAAGAGCGUCCACGCGAAAAAGAAAAAGAAGCUGAUACAAGUGCUGAAAAUCGUAGUCGACGCGAAGAGCGCAAGCCCGAUCAAAGACAGCGCGACCGAGAUAGAUCUCGGCGCAGUCGAGACCGUUCGAAUUCUCGUAACAGGCAGCAGAGUCGAGAGCGUUCCAGCUCACGCAAAAGGCAAAGAAGUCGUGAUCGUUCACGCAGUCGACAGCGUAGUAAUGAACCAUCCAAUCCUCGUAAUUGGCAGCGAAAUCAAUGGAAUAAUAAUAAUAACAACAACUACAACCGCAAUCAAGGUCAGCAAAAUCGUCGCAAUCGCAAUCCGUUUGCUGAACGUCGCCAGCGAUCGCAAGAUAAUGAAUACCGCAAUCGUUUCCCAUUGUCACCCAUACGAAAUCGCAGCUCGCCCGUGGAUCGUCGUGUACGUCGCUCACGUUCCCGUAAUGCAACCGAUCGUCGAAGGCAGGAAUCGCAAGGUCGCCGUCGUCAAGAGUCGCCGGGUAGAAACCGACGUGACUCUGAUGGUCGUAAUCGACGUGAUUCGCCUGGACGUCAUCGACAAGAGUCGCCUAAUCGUAAUCGCCGUGACUCAUCCAGGCGCCGUGAAAAUUCCGAGCGCAAACGCAGCCGUAGUCCGCCUAAAUCUUCAGCCGCAGCCGACUUUGAGGAAGACGAUAAGUUAGAGCGCGAGAAGAAGCAGAAACGCGCUGAGGCAGCUAUGUUGCUUAAGGAGCACAUGCGCAAGGAGAUUGCCAAGGAGGAGGAGCGUCGUGCUGAGAAGCAGCGUGAGAUGGAAAAAGAACGCACCACUCAGGAGCUUAAUGAAUUGGAACGCCUUAAAGCCGAAACGCUCAAGAAACUGCACGAGGAGGAGCACGAAGAAGAGGGGCCGACCAGCAGUCGAACUAGGCACGAUAGUCGCGGUAGCAGUCAUGAUGCCAAGCGACGCAAGCAUAAAAAAUCCAAGAAGCCAUCAACGCGCUCUCCCAGAUCGGACACGGAAUAAAUGUUCGCCAUACACUAUACAUAAACCCACACCCUGACACCUCCUCAAUACAAAAAAUACAUUCUUUCGACAACUCUGAGCAAUACGUAAACAAACUUAUACAUACACUUAAUGCAAUUGUAAAAAUCCGUAAAUGUAUAGAGCGUCCAAUAAAGAAAAAAAUUUAG